AUGGACGAGUCAUCUGGGCGAGGACAUCGGGAGAAGAAACCUAGUGAAAAGGUCAAAGAACAGGUCUCAGGCAAAAUCGAGAAGAUCGAGGACGACAAACCUGUGGUUCUACCAACAUACAUUGCGCCCAACGAUAGCAAAUUCGUGCAGGAGCAAAAGGAGGUUCCCAAAAUCUAUGACCACACUAAGAUAGCUCCUGACGGGACAAAAAUCGACUUUUAUCUACUUGGGACACACGUCGAAAGCAAAGAGAAACGAUAUUAUGUCCGUGCGAAGAGAGAUCCGAAAUCACUAUACUUUCAUGCAGAUGAAGCUCCUCCUCGAUAUGCCCGACUGAGUGACGAGAACCAUCCACAAUGCGGAGUCGAGAAUCUGAAAAACACGUUUACCAAGACGAUGCUCGGCAAGAGCGGGGAGUUUGGCAGCUACACUACGAGAGCGAACGUUUUUGCAAGAGAGGGCAAGUUUUUCUUCGAGGCGAAAGUGAUUAGCCAAGCCCCUCCUGGUAGGGAAGAGCCCGAUCGUGCUCUAGCUGAUACUCAGAAUUCGGACAGAACUGCAACGAACCGCGGUGGUCUGCGGGUUGGAUUCUGUCGGAGGGAGCACCACUGGAGCGAGAAUCUUGGUGGCAACGCUUACAGUUAUGCAGCUAUUUUGCGAAGUGGCAGAGCACGAGAAUACGGCAGUGUACGGUUCAACACCAUGAUGUACCACAUGCAGGGCGAAGGUGCUAAAGAUCCUGACGACCUUAGCUACGGAGAUGUUGUUGGGCUCAUGAUCACGCUGCCGCCGUUGGAGGUGCACAAGAAGGUCGUUGAAGGCACGUUCAAUCCUGCCGAAUAUCCCCACCUCAAAUGCGGUCCUGCGGUCCUCAAGAAGAAGGCGGGAGCAGGAAAAAAGGCUACUAAGAGUGGUCCCAAACCUAAGGACGGCGAGACCCCCAAGACCAAGGAAGAUGCAGGCAGGAAGGCGAACACUCGAACAGCCAUUCGCACGAUGGUGCAGCCGCUUCCAGGUUGUACUGUACCUUCUGACCACGACAUCAUCCGCGACCGCAAUCCAUUCCUACAUAAAGGCAUGACAUAUUUCGAGUGCCCAGAAUAUACACCCAACCAUGAUCUAAGUCGACCAACGCUGAACUCCAAGAACAAGUCGAUCAACCAGGAAACAGGCAAGAAGUACGAUCUGUUGACAGACCCUCAUCCCAACCACGAACUUCCCCAUCUACGCACACUCCCGGGCAGCAAAAUUGAACUCUGGGUCAAUGGCAGAUAUCACGGAAUUGUGUGGGAGCACCUGUUCGCCUUCCUGCCACCGGCAUCAUACAUCGACAAAGGUAGCCGAGCAGUCACGGGGGUCGGAGACGUGGAUGACGGGUUGCUGGGAUACUAUCCGGCCAUCAGUCACUACACGGGUGGCGCCAUCGAAUGCAAAUUCGACGGCCCGUGGUGGUACGGAUAUGGUCAAGACGGUCCUCAACAUCCGGACGCUCGGCCAAUCGGAGAACGAUAUCAGGAGCAGAUCGUGGAAGACAUUGUGAACGACUUGGUGGAUGAAAUAUACCAAGAACAGCUGUACCACGAUCCAGAGUGGAUGAGGAAGCGCGUGCUCAACGCAGCUACAUCGGCCAAUCCACAACACGGUUGA